AUGCACCUCUCCACCCUCCUCCCCCUUCUGCUGACGGGCACCACCCUCAUCGCCGCCAAAUCUCACUCAACCUCUACCGGAACGACAUCUACACUACCCCCACUAGGCAAAACACUAAAUGUCACCGUCAUAACCGCGCACCAUGGCCGCUCCGCGAUAGAAUGCUGGGCUCUCGAGCCAGACUUCGAGACCUCCACCGUGACCGGGACGGACGGCGCGUCAUUUCUAUCCCUCGGUCCCAUCGGCGGUGUUGCAGGUGGAAAUACGAGCUAUGUUGUUGUGCCGCCGAAGUUUGACGGUGGGAUUCAUAAUGCGCCUGUUAACCAAUGGGUAAUCUGCCUCUCAGGCGAACUCCGCAUAACGCUUCCAAACUCGACAUCCUCAGCUCGUAUCUCGGCAGGAAAGAACAGCGCCCUUCUCGCGCUCGACACUCCCGAUGUGAGUAAGCUGGGUCAUUAUACGGACUACCCGUCAGAGGAUCGCUCGAUUGGGUUGGAGAUUCCCCUGGGGGAGGCGGGUGUGCCGAAGCAUCGGGUUUUGUCGGAGGGGGCUUGUGAGGGGAAUGAGCUUUUGGAUUGA